UUUAAGACUUUGAUCGCUUCUCGGGGUAUAAAUUGCGUUGCUUCGCCACUCAUUCCUCAGCUUCCCCGCGGCAGCUCAACUCAGUAGCAGCAGCAGCAGCGCGUUUUGCCCUACAUCGUUGUGUGCCUGAGCUUGCUGCAAUUUGCUGUAACCAUCAGGAAUGGCUCCUCUUCCCAAUAUCAACGACAAGGUGGACGAAGCAACCAUUUACGAUGAUGAUGUUGAAGGGCAGGGUGCGGCCAAUGGCCAUGGCCACGGCGAAGUCAAGGGGUACGAUGCCAGCAUGGACCCCGAGCUCGGCUCCCUGGACCCGGCCGUAUCCCAGAUGGCACUGGUGAAGUCGGGCGAGGAGGAUGAGGAGAGCGAGAAGGACGAGGGGUCGAAGGACACGGAGGAGGAGUUUGACCCCUGGAAAAUCGCGGACAUACAGAUGGAGGUUGGCAUCAAGUGGUCAGAGAUGAGCACGUCAGGGAAAGUAAAGCGAGUCCUGUCGGGCAUCAUCAAGCCAGUGCUGUUGCUCGGCCUCCUCUACUUCUUCGUGUGUUCUCUGGACGUCCUGGGCUCAGCCUUUCAGCUGGUGGGAGGCAAGGUUGCUGGUGAUAUCUUCAGUGACAACUCGAUAUUGUCCAACCCUGUGGCCGGCCUGGUUAUCGGAAUCUUGGUGACUAUCCUGGUGCAGAGCUCCAGCACUUCCACCUCCAUCGUCGUCAGCAUGGUCUCCUCUGAACUUAUGAGCGUGCGGUCAGCCAUUCCAAUCAUCAUGGGCACCAACAUUGGGACAUCGGUGACGAACACCAUCGUGGCUCUCAUGCAGUCGGGCGACAGGAAUCAGUUCAGGAGAGCAUUUGGUGGUGCAACGGUGCAUGACUGCUUCAACUGGAUUUCCGUGAUAGUCCUGUUGCCCAUUGAGGUUGCCUCUGGUUACCUUUUUCACCUGACAAAGCUUAUUAUUGACUCAUUCAACAUUGAAAAUGGGGAAGACGCUCCUGACAUCCUGAAAGUCAUCACUGAGCCUCUCACCAAGCUCAUCAUUCAGCUCGAUAGCUCGGUGCUCACAGACAUUGCAGUUGGGGAACCAGAAGCGCAGAACAAAAGACUCAUUAAAUUCUGGUGCAAGAAGAACACAUAUACAGUUCUGAAAAAUGUCACCGUGGCCAACGUGUCUGAGUGUGGCAACAUGUGUUGGGAAGAUGGAAAUUUCACCUGGAUGGAGAAAAACGUGACAGAAACCGACUACAUAGAAAAAUGUACUCACAUAUUUGCCUCAACCACGCUGUCAGACCUCGCCGUGGGGCUCAUCCUGCUUGCCUGUUCGCUGCUUUUGCUAUGCACGUGCCUCAUCCUGAUAGUCAAGGUCCUAAACACAAUGCUCAAGGGUCAGAUCGCAUCCGUCAUCAGGAAGGUCCUCAAUACAGACUUCCCUUUCCCAUUUGCUUGGGUGACUGGCUACCUCGCAAUCUUGGUUGGAGCUGGGAUGACAUUCAUAGUACAGAGCAGUUCAGUCUUCACUUCAGCAAUCACUCCACUCAUAGGACUUGGAGUCAUCAGCAUUGAACGAGCGUAUCCACUCACUCUGGGUUCCAACAUUGGGACGACCACAACAGCCCUCCUGGCUGCACUGGCAAGUCCUGGAGAAACUCUCAACAAUGCCCUUCAGAUCGCACUUUGCCAUUUCUUCUUCAACAUCUCGGGGAUUAUCCUGUGGUACCCAAUACCACAGCUACGUUUCCCCAUCAGGAUGGCAAAGCUACUGGGUGACCGUACGGCCAAGUACCGCUGGUUUGCCGUCCUAUACCUGGUCAUGUGCUUUUUGGUGCUGCCACUGGUGAUAUUCGGCCUGUCGAUAGCUGGAUGGCAGAUCUUGGUGGGCGUUUGUAUCCCCAUAGUAGCUGUGCUGAUCUUCAUCAUUGUUAUCAACGUGUCUCAGUCCAAGUGUCCAAAGUGCCUGCCGUCGUCACUGCAGACCUGGAACUUCCUCCCCGAUUGGAUGCACUCCAUGAAGCCUUUGGAUCGCGUCAUCUCGGCGGUGUGUGGUCGCUGCUGUAAGUGCUGCAAGUGCGUCUCCAAAAGUGGCAAAAAUAAACAAGUUGAGGUUGUUUCCAUACCCGACUCCACCAAAGACAAAAAGCAAGAGGUCGCUGGAAGUUGUGACGACAAAAAAUCAAUGGCCGCAUAUGAUAACCCUGCAAUGAUUAAUUCGACAAACCUCUAGCUAAGCCUUCCUAAAAUGGUGUAAUGGCCAUAUUUUGAGUAAUAAUUAUAAAAUAUUAACCUUGCUCUAUUUGGUUACUUCGUGUAUUUUGGUUGUGUAUAUAAUUUUGUAAAUAUAUUUGAUACUUUUUACGAAUGUUAUUAGUAUAUCCAUGAAAGCUACAUUUUUGUACACCUGGUGAUAAGCCUUGCUUAGGAACUUUUAAAACAAAAUAUAGCUACCAAACUUUCAAAUGCCAAAAGUAUAUAGUAUACAAGUAUUUUUGUAUAUGUCAUGCAUUUUAUCACACUGGAAAAUGUAGGUAAUUUCUAUAAGUCUUAAUGAGGUAAUGUUUAUUUUAUUAUAAUUAUGAUGCUUGAGUUUAUAUUACAGUAAUUGAUGUAUAUAGUAUAAUGCCAGGUUUUAUAUUAAGAUAAGAUUUUUGAAUAAUUGUAAGUAUUUUCAAGGGGUUUUAUUUUCAUUUAACAUAAUUGCACUUUAUUGCGUGUUUUAAAAAAUAUAUAAAUUGCAGUUGAGUUCAAUAAAUGUUGAUAUUUGUUCCGCUAAAUAAACCAUAUCAUUUGCA